ACCUGUUGUCAAGGCAACUGCUCACAAUUAGGAGAUGAAGGGAGAGGCUGUGGCGUGAAGAGCUGACUGGUGCUGAGGCAGCAGUGGAACGUGCGCUGGAGCGUUGCCGCCAGCGCAGCGGCAGUAAGCAGCAGAGAAGAAGCCCUCUUGUCUGACCCGCUACGCGGUCCGCCGCAGUUCGCGUAUUUUUUAGAGGCCGCAUUUAACAACAGGCGAGCCCGACUUUUUUAUUUUCUUUUUCCAAUGUGUACGCAAGCAGAGCUUGUCGAGACGGUUAUUAAUUUUGUUUUGUAAUUGUGGCUCAUUUCUGGUAUUCAUCACCCGCCCGCCCCUCUCCCCUUAAAUAAACAAUGGGCCGUAGGGUCAACCAGAGGCUGAGCUUUUUUUGUUGGUGGUCAAAUUCUUAAAUGAAAGCUUGAAGGCAAGGCUUGUAGAGAGGAGAGAGAGAGGAGGGAGCAUUUUAUCGUGCUUGCCUUGCGGGUGUCUGUGGGAUGAUCCCAGCGAUAUCUGCUGUGAUGACCUCGCAUUUUGAGUAAGUUCUUCCAAGUGCUGAGCAAAGGAGACUCUUUGGCUGACAAAAUCAUAGCUGAAGCCAGUUGGACAUCACCUAACAGAAUAGGGGAAGAAAUAAAAAAACACAAGCCACUUUGUUCAAGCCUCCGCCGCUUACGCGCGCAACCCACUCGGAGAACGCAUUUGUUUCGCACGCACGAGUCUUUUUUUAAUAUCCUCCGCGCUUUAACGAUGGCAGCGACGGCGUUCCUCCUCGCGCUCUGCGUGACGCUCCUCGGCGUUCACCAAGCGGCGGCAAUCGACGUCGACGCAAAAUCGGGACUCAAGUCGGACGCCGACGACCGGAAGGUUCCCUCGCUCGUCGCGCUGGGAUCCGCUGCCGGGGACGGCGGAGUCCCGCCAAGCGGCACCUCCACCUCCUCCUCCUCCGCCGCGGCUCAGCCUCGGGAGGGCGAGGCGGCGCGCAGGGCCCGGCCGGGUCACGUCGGCAGGGCCCACGACGCCAAGAGAGGGCGCACGAGGACGAAGCGUGGCUGGGUGUGGAACCAGUUCUUCGUGCUGGAGGAGUACAUGGGCAACGAUCCUCUCCACGUCGGCAAGCUGCACUCCGACUCGGACAAGGGAGACGGCUCGGUCAAGUACAUCCUGUCGGGCGACGGCGCGGGCACGCUGUUCGUGGUGGACGACCGCACGGGAGACGUCCACGCCACGCGGCGGCUCGACCGCGAAGAGCAGGCCUACUACACGCUCACGGCGCAGGCCAUCGACCGUCGCACGGGCCACCCCAUGGAGCCGCCCUCCGAGUUCAUCGUCAAAGUGCAGGACGUCAACGACAACGAGCCGCGCUUCCUCGAGGGGCCCUACCGCGCCUCGGUGCCCGAGAUGGCCAAUGUCGGUACACCAGUGAUCCGCGUCACCGCCACCGACGCAGACGACCCGACGUACGGGAGCAGCGCUCGCGUGGUGUACAGCCUGCUCGAAGGCCACCCCUACUUCUCUGUGGAUCCACACACCGGCGAGAUCCGCACGGCGUUGCCCAACAUGGACCGUGAGGCGCGGGAGGAGUACCGCGUCGUGAUUCAGGGCAAGGACAUGGGAGGCCACCAGGGAGGCCUCAGCGGCACAACCACCGUCACCAUCUCGCUGUCCGACGUCAACGACAACCCGCCCAAGUUCGCUCGCAGCACGUAUCCGCUGUCCGUGUCGGAGGCGGCGGGCGUCCGCUCCGUGGUCGGAAGGAUCCGCGCGGACGACGCCGACGUCGGGGAGAACGCUGCCAUGGCGUACACGCUGAUCGAAUCCGACGCUCCGGGCAUGUUCGACGUCACCACGGAUUCUGACACGCAGGAGGCCAUCAUCACCCUCAAGAAGCCGCUGGACUUCGAGAACCGGGAGUCAUACACGCUGCGCGUGCAGGCAGCGAACACGCACGUCGACUCGCGCUACUCGGGCGUGGGAUCGGCGCGCGGCGUCAUCCUCGGGGGCGGCGGCGGCGGCGGUGGCGGCGGCGGCGGAGCGCCGCUGGGAGGGCCGUUCCGCGACACGGCGCUGGUGCGCGUCGCCGUGAAGGACGAGGACGAGCCGCCUGUGUUCGGCGCCGGCGAGUACCGCAUGGAGGUGCCCGAGAACGGCACGGAGGGAGCCUACGUGGGCAGCGUGUCGGCACGCGACCCCGACCGCGCCAAGCUGCCCGUGCGGUACUACAUCGACCGCAACACGGACUUCGAGCUCUUCUUCAACAUCGAGCCGAACAGCGGUGCCCUGAGCACAGCGCGCGCCCUGGACCGCGAGGCGAGCGCGUGGCACAACCUGAGCGUGUUUGCCCAGGAGGAGGGCAACGUGGCGAGUAAGAACAGCGUGCGAGUCAGCGUCCGCGUCACCGACGUCAACGACAACGCGCCCGCCAUCGCCAUGCCCGACCCCCCAGACGCCACCGUGUGCGAGAACGCGCGGCCUGGCAAGCUGAUCCAGACGAUCGGCGCGGUCGACCGGGAUGAGCCACUGCCAGGACAAAGGUUCUUCUUCUCCCUCUCGGCCGACAAUCCAAACUUCACCAUCGUCGACAACGGAGACAACACCGCGGGCCUGGUGACGCGGAGGCACGGCUACCGGCGACGGGACGAUGGGCCGCACCUCGUGCCGGUGGCGGUCAGCGACGGCGGGAGCCCAUCGCUGACGGGCACGGGCACGCUGACGGUGCGCGUGUGCGCGUGCGACGCCGAGGGCGCCGUGCUGUCCUGCACGGCCGAGGCGCUCGCCCUCCCGGCCGGACUCAGCCCCAAGGCCCUGAUCGCCAUGCUGGCCUGCCUCCUGCUGCUGCUGAUCAUCGUGGUGCUGUGCGUCACGCUGCGCCGGCGCCGCAAGGAGCCGCUCAUGGCCGAGUCGGAGGGCGACGUGCGCGAGACGGUGGUGAGCUACGACGACGAGGGCGGCGGAGAAGAGGACACCGAGGCCUUCGACAUCGCGGCGCUCAAACGCUCCGAGAACGGCGACGCCAGCGGGCGGCGCGACGUCAAACCCGCCGAGCCUCAGCUGCCUCCCGGGGCGCGACGGGUGUGGGAUGACCGCAUCAGCCCCGGGUUCGUGCUCGGCGUGGCCGGAGCUCCGUCUUCCGGCUCGGGAUCUGGAGGCAUCGCCAGUGGGGCUGGCGGCGACAUGGGCGGCUUCCUGCUCGACAUGCUGCGCAGGGCCGACGGCGACCCGCAGGCACCGCCCUACGACUCCCUGCAGGCCUUUGCCUACGAAGGCCAGGGCUCUCUGGCCGGCUCGCUCUCCUCGCUCGAGUCGCGCGCCUCUUCCUCGGGCGCCGGGGCCGACCCGGACGCCGACCACUGCUACGACUACUUGGCCAACUGGGGGCCUCGCUUCGGCAAGCUCGCCGGCCUGUACGCCACGGUCGAGGGCAAGGCCGAGGAUUGACGGCGCCGCCGCAGAAGACGCCAUCGCGGUGCGAACCGGCCGCCGCCGGUCCGUGGAGGUUUUUUUGGUGCCAGGUGGAAAAAGCGCGUCGCUGCUCGCGUUUUAGCACCGUUGUGUUUCAGCGCUGGAUACUGUACCGAUUUGUAUUAAAACGAGAGGGGAAAAAUGGACGCAAAAAAAAUACAAGAACAAUGGACGGAAACGUCUGAAAAAUACUGAAGAUAAAAAAAAAAUGAGAAAAAGUAACAAAGUAAUAAUUCUUGAAGAAAAACGUACGGUUUGUAUUUUAUCUUUUAGGUUUCGGAAGUGCAGUGAGCAUUUACUCAUUUAAAUUCGGGAAGUGAAGUGACAGUAUUUGAAACUACUGCAUUUGGAGGGUGAACAGUUGCUGCAUUUUGCAAGUUAACGAUCCAGCAUAUGAGGCCAAGAAGAUUCGACAUUUCCCACCCAAGUGAGAAGAAGAAAAUUGUGAAACGGCUGGAAGAACGAUGAGGAAACCUCUUUAGAUAGUCACCGGGAGACAACCCACCACGGAGGGAACGGCAGAAGAGUAAUCUGAACUAGCGGAUGGAAAAAUAAAAUGAGGCAUGUAUGUAUUUACAAAAUGGGGAACCAGGUGUAGUGAACCACGAAAAGUUUUACCAAUGCUGAAAUUAACGUGAGGACUCCCAUGGAGUUAAUUUUGAAUCCGAGAGUUGGAGCAAGUUUGAGCGACUGUUCACUAAAGGACCCUUUGUAAUUAGUUUGUGGGAUUGAUGGUCCUCAUAUAUUCAUGUUUUGAAUACAAUGUAGGUGAACAUUAAAAGGAAAAUGCCUGUAGUUCUUGCUCAAAAAACUUUAUUUUUUAUUUUAGCUUCUUUUUUCAUGUUUAACUGACUACCCUUGUACAAUUUGAAUGUUCUAAGAAACGCCCUGACUUCUUGGAAACGAAAACAAGAUUUGGAUCUGUAGCUCAGACUUUCACUACCUGCGGGGUGGAAGACGAACAUUACCUUGUAUUGGCCGAUCUAAAAAAAAAGACCUUAGUCAAAGGGAAAUUAAUGAAAGUCAAAUGCUUGCAUUAUUCCAGGUGUGAGUGAGCUUAGCAUUUUCCCAGUUAAAAGUAUGAAUUGCAUGUUUUACAAUCACACGUACUCUGUGCCUCAGCGCACAAGGCCACCGCUGUAUCUGUGUCGUCAUAUUUUAGACAUUUACGUUUUUAGCAUUGCAGUAUUAUUAUUGCGACAUUAUUACCACAUGUCACCUUGGAGCAGUUUGGUCAAUGCGAUUCCGGCGUUCAUUGAGAAAUUGGAAAUUUGGUUAAAAGGGGUUCCAGACAUGGAAAGCAGUCGAGGAACAGACAUUUCGGCAGGCACGGCAUACAAUGCCCUAUUCAUGUGAACAAUAACGGCAUAAGCACUAUGAUGAUGAUAAUAAUAAUAAUAAUGCAUUGUUGUCAUUAUUUUGUGUUGUUUCCUUUUUUUACAUUCAUAAUAUGUGUGAAGCCUGAUAUUAUGUAUGCGUCUCGUUCUAUCGCUGACCUCUCGAACACAAUCGUGUCUUCACUUUUGUGCAGACAAGUCACUGCAUCUUUUAGUCUUUAUGAAAAUGUAACAUGUUUUUUUUACUUAGGUGCAUACUUAUCAAUAGCUAUCCUAAUGUAGAGUGUAUUACCUUAAGGACCUUUUUCAAAUGUUUAAUAUUAAAAACGUAUUUAUGAUUGCAUAUUGUCAUCAUGUUAAAGCCAUAACCAUGAUUUGUGCCUCCGCUAAACUUUUAAGAACACCUAAUUAGGGCUGGACGGUUCAUCAACUUGUCAAUUGUUCAUGGUCGCGAGUCAUUCUCCACGUUGUUGUUGUUUGGACGAUGGAACUUGCAGCCGUUGCGCCCUCCACCUUGUGAGACGGGUGACACGGGAGCAAAGUUAGCGGACCGGUAGAGCGUUGAGCGUUUUGUUUUCUUUCGACCAUGACACUAGAGACCGAAGCGCCAGCCCUUUUCACGCAUAGCAAGUUUCCAUUGUGACAGUGUGGUUACCGCAGAGGGGGCGGGGGAGCAGACAAGCCUGUCCGUCCCAGUGUGACGUGAAUACGCCUCCCGGGAGAGUGCAGCAUGGUGGCAGAGACUGCACAAAAACAGCUGAAAUGAAGUGGGUCAAAAAAAAUGUACGACAAAAAUCUUAAUUGGCAUGGAGCUAAGGCGUCACGGUUUCUGGGCCACUUCCUGAACAUUGAGAUCCGGGAGCUCUCAACGGACGGAAAGCCACAGCCAUGCAACUGGCGGAGCUGCCAUGGGUAUGCAUCGGCGCUCUAUGCUUGCACGAGCUGCCAGUAAUGCCCGCUAGCGUUACGUCGGGGCGGGCGAGGAUAAGCCUGCUAAUUGGAAUCGGAGGGAGUUGUACUCCUCGUCCAGCCUACUUGCGCUUGGGUGGAGGAGGUGGGGUGGGCAUGCAGUUUUAGGGGGGCAAAAGGCGAGGCUUGCUUCGCGACCCUCGCCGGGAAAUAUGCCGCGCCAAAAACGGUGUGCCAACCAGCCAGAUUCGUGCCCGAUCUUGGCCCCCCCCCAGUGCCAACCCGUGUGACCGUGAUGUCACCGUGGUUGGCGUCCAUGUCGAGCCAAUGCUAGGUCGUGCCACAGAGGGUUAAAAAAAACCUUUUUGGAAUAUUGAUGUUUGAAAUAUUGACGAUGAUGGAAUAUUGAUGUGUGCAGACCGUAGGUUUGAGCCGCGUGGUACCGACGAGAUGAAUAGCAACGUGUUCGCUGGAGCGCUCCGGUGAGUUCUCGGGCUUCACCGCGUGUUGCUUGGCACGGUCUCCCGGCGUGGAGCGAACAAGGGACAAACUGUGCCGCUCAACGUGCAGUGCAACCCAAAAACCGGUCGUGCAGCUGAGCAGCGCAACAGAGAAAACCCUGCACGGCAGCAGCAGUAGCGUGUGCUGUGUGCAUGAGCAAUGUUGGUUCAUGAUGGACUUGAAAGACUAAACACUGUCCAACAUCAUGAAGAGAGAAAGAAUCCUGUUUUUUUUUUUGCAACAUCCUCCCAACAACAAAAAGGCUGUUCUCCCCGCCCCCCCCUACAAGUGUUUCAGCCUUCCCACACUUAAUAUUUCACGUGGGGUAUUAACCUCAGUGCCCCAAUUAAAUCACCGCUAUAGUGCAGCACCACCGACGGGUUUGGCGAAGUUUUAUCUGUAUGUCUAAAUCAUUCAAGAAAAACACGAGUUGUUUUUUUUCUCUCUCUCCACUGGGGGCUGGACAUCCCUGUAAGCAACAUAUGCAUCUUAGUGGAUCUAUCCACAAUAAAUAUGCUUUAAAUGAAUAAAGCAAGAUGUUUAGUGUUUUCCUAUCAUUCCACCUACAAAGGAGUACCAAACAAAUGUGUAAUCACAUUGUGUGCUGUUUCUAAUUGCAACGCCUUGCAUGGGCUAAUUGGGGCGCCACGGUGUUUUGUAAAAGUUGCUUUAAUUUGCUGUUUUAAGUGCGGCCGUGUGGCUUGUGGGACUACCCAUUUCACCAUCACGACUGGGCUAGAAGCUCUGCUUUGCCUGAGCCUUGGGGUGGAUUUGUAACGCAACAAAAUUGCACGCAGCUCUUAGUCCGCAAAGAAACCAGGGCUCGGGGGUUCACAGUAGAGUUUGUAAGGCACGCAAAAAAAGUAACGACACCACAAGGGACGAACGUAACGUGAAGAUCGCAUGACGGCAGGCAACGAUUUGGCUGAAUGCAAGAACAGCAUCUUAAUACAUUUUGAUUUAAAGCUUUCGUGACUGCAGGGAUUCAUAUUAUUGGUUCUUUCGGUAAAGUCACGUAAAAGAGAAAUAAAAAAUAUAUAAAAC